AUGUCUUCCGAUGAAAACAUGAACGAGACCAUUUCCUCACUCUUGACAAUGAAAGAAACGACAACAACACUGAAGAAUACAUAUAAACGAAAACCAAGAACAAAUCAAAAAGGUAAGAACACUAACAUUUCCGAUAAAGAUUCACCAACAAUGAGAGAAACAAGAUCAAUGCAGAAGAGGAAAAAUGCGAAAGAUAAAAAAGAAACAAAAGUACCAAAGAAAAUGAAACAUCAAAGCAGGAAAAGUCCAUCAAAAAGGAAAACUCAUGAAAAACAACAACUACAAGAUUCAGACUCUGAUUUUGAAAGUAGUCAUCCAUCGAAGAAGGCAAAAAAAAGGAGUCACCAAUCAAAAAAGACAAAAAAAAAAUCAAUGGUAAAAGAAUUUUACUCAAUGAAAAACAGAUGUUCACCAGAGGCAUUACUAUCUAUAAUCCUUGGGAUGAGCAAAGAACAAAAAGAAUUUGUAAGGUCUAUGGGUUUUGGAGCUUUGUUAAAAAUGAAAAUCACGGAUAUACCACUGAAGCUGGGAUUUUAUGUUCUUCAAAAAUUUGAUUAUGAGAGAAUGGUGAUAGAUAUUGAAGGAAAGGAAUUGAAAGUAACAGCAGAGUCUGUUCAUGACAUGUUAGGCAUACCAAUUGGUGGAACCAAACUUACACAACUGGAUCAAUGGCCUAAGGAUGAUACAAGUUAUGAUGAAUGGAAACAACAAUUUAAAAAAGAUUCAAUCAUCCGACUGAGUGCAAUCGAAAAUGUUAUUGUUUCUACCACACAAGCUGAUUUCAAUUUCAAAUUGAACUUCUUAGUUCUUUUUGUCAACACUUUUUGCGAGUCAACAUCAAUGGGAAGAUGCAACCUGUUUCCCUUGAGUUAUAUUUCAAGAAAAACAGAUAUCAGCAACAUAGACUGGUGCAGCUAUGUUUUGGACUGUCUUUUGUUCUAUGCUGAUAACAUCCACUCGGAAGCUUUAACAGUAACACGUAAACGUCCAACAAUUUGUUAUUGGAGUUCAGAGAAGAUUAGAUAUCGAGAGACAUUUGAACAAGAAAAAGGUAGAUUUGGAGAUGGAGAAUUAAACGAAGAAUUUGUUAAUGAACAAAAUGAAGGAGAUACAGAUCUCGAAGACAGUGAUUCUGAUAAAGAUGAAGAUCAUUCUGUUGAGGCAUAUGAAUCAAAAAUAUCAAAAAUGAUUAAUAGUUUUGAGAGGAUGAAGGAAAAGCUGAAUUCAAAGUUUAAUGAUGCGAUGACAAAGUUCCCUGAAAAGGAAAGUAAUGAAGGAAUAAGGAAUGAUGCAGAUAAGAAUAAAAAAGAAGGUAAAAUUAGAGUAAAAGAGAAAGAUGCAAAGAGGAAUGAAAAUCAGCAUGAUGAAGAAGAAAAAGAUGAUCAUGCUGAGGAAACAAAUAAUCAUGAAGAGACUAUUCAACAAACUAAAAAUCAAAAUUUGUUGGAUAAAGUUGUUGACAACAUUGUGGACAAUGUCCUUGGAAUUGGAGUUUCAAGUUUAAAUAGUCAAGAAGAUGAAAUCUGGAAUCACCCUGAAAUGAAAACUAUUUUCGAUAAUAUUGAUAUAGGGUCACCAAUGAGUACAGCUAAAACUAAUACUCUUGCAGAAAAAGAAAAAUCAGAAGGCAAGGAAAACUCUGAAGAUAGAAAUGAAGGAGGAACAGAAACUAAGAACACGAAAGAUGGAUGUGAAGAAAAACAAACAGAAAUUGAAAAAGGAAAUGCAGAAGAUAGAGAUACUCAUCCAAGCUUUAGUCUAGGUCUCAGUCAAGAUUCAGAUCAAACUUCAAGUAAAAAAUCUAAUGAAUCUUCACCAAAAAAAACACUUACCAAGAAACAAAUCAAAGACGACCAUCAGAAGGUUGUUAUCAGAUUAGCAAAGAAAAAUGUUCUUAAUCCAAAUCCAAUCUCUGUAUCAAUUCCUACUGAAGUAGGACCAUCAAAGAAUGAUCUGGAUCAACCAAGAUAG